AUGCUGUCCCACCUGCGUAGAAGAAGACGUGUUUCCGGCGCUGAUCUGAAAUCCGCUGCGCACCGCGCCAACGCUUCUGCGUCCACAAGUGGACGCGUGCCACGAUCGAUGCGGCACGCGCGCAAUCGAUUGGCUGGUGGUGGUUGGCUGGUGGGCGCGAUCAGCAAUGCCUGCCUCCGCUGCUACUUGCUAUCCACACAACUGGGUCAAAAAACCAGUUCCCCCAGCCCACCUGGGCUCCGUACUCGGGCCUCCACCUCCUCAGCGACUAACCUCAACGCCGUUUCAUCCAACCGUCAAUCUCUCUCGAGCUCCUGGUAUCCGGCCCUAAGUCCAGCCGACCCUCCCACUGCUGUUGCCCCCGCCUACCGUUCAAUUCCAACACGUCGGAAAGCCUUUCAGCACUCCCAGCAGCAGCAGCAGCAGCAGUUUCAACAACAGCAGCUGCUGCAGUCGUCGUUUGCCUCGGCGAAGCACCAGUCGUCUGGCAAUUGGGAAUCUGCCUCGUCGUCUGUAGGUCAGACUCCUCCAACUUCUCCUCCUCCUCCUCCGCCACCACCACCACCUCCUCCUCCUCCUCUGAGAUUCUUGGAAGUUGCAGUUUCUGUUGAAGUUUUACUUCCAAGGUCAUCUUUCAUUGCGUGGACUGCAAAGCAGGCGUGCUUUUGUUUCCAAUCCACGACACCGCAGCUUCAGACCGCUUUCAAACUCGGACACUCGGUUAUCGCGCAUUCCGUGAAAGCCUUUUCACCACCGCAGGAGGAAUUUUUUUUUACCAGCUCCUCAGAAAGCAGUAGCAGUAGUUCGCCAGUUUCAAGUGACCUGGAAGAAGAGGAGGAAUUUGAAGUUGACGAAGGUCGCACAGCGGUUCUCCCCUUUCCUGGUCCCUCCAGAUUUGAAUGUCUAGAGAUGUCAACGUCCAAGCCGCCACCUAGACCGCAGCCACCUCCCCCUGUGAAUCUUGUAGGGCCCCGUAGGGGCUCUGUCGCCUCUCGUGAAUCCUCCUACUCCCCACCUGCCGACAGAAACGGUGCCAGACCUCCCCAGCACACUCACAACAACGGAACUUCGGCCGCAGACAUGGAGAAUUCUGCGCUCUUUCGAAAACUCGAGGCAGCUAUCGCUAAAGUCGCCACAGAACAGCAAGAACACGAAAGAAGUCUUCUUUUGCUGGCUUCUGGAAUACCCCCUGACGCGUCGACGUCUCCCUCACUAAGCACUCUGCUAAAUCUGCUUUCUAACUCCGGUUCGGACUACCAACUUCUGCGACUGCAGUUGGUUGGAGAGAAGGAAAAACGCGCUCUCGUCGACGCUGCCAGACGACGCAUCGCCACUGCUGAGGUCGGUUCUCAAACCGAGGCGCUUAGUCUCGACCCGGGCGACGUCUGUCCCGUGUGCCAGCGACGUGGAACGACGGAAUCGAAGCGGAGGCAUGACGUAGGCCUGCGAGUGGCCAUUCAACAGUACAUACCCCCAUUCGUGCCCAUUUCUCGCGGUGUAUCGCUGCGUCGCAGUCGCACGAACUCCAUUCAGUAUCCGGCCGCGAUUCAACAACGCUUUGUCUGGCCCGGAAACGGGGAGAUUGUCGACGUGAUUGAGAUCCUCCCCGAGCCGCCCUAUCCAAUCAGCUCGCCGAUGCUAACUCAAACCCCCUCGAUCCAUUUCACCUCGGAGGAUUAUUGCGAACGGGCGUGUAUCUCGACAGUGGUCGUGCAUGGACCGAUUUUGAGCGUGUCAAGGCGAUCGGUGCCCCAGAAGGCAGUAACGACCCCGAAGCAGCCUGAUCCGCCGAAACCCGUCGUCGCUAAACAGGUGGAAGCAGAACCGAAACGGGCUGAACCGCCACCGAAGGUGAUUGAACCACCCAGCAAACCCCCGCCAACACCGCCCUCCGCGCAGGUCGAGUCGAGCGACGAGGAGGGCAGCGACGAUUCGGAGGACGAGGAGUCGGACGCAGAGAUAUCGCGGAAGCUGAGGCGUCAGCUGCGGCGCACGCAGAAAACCCAAGAGAUCAACGCGGCCAUCGUGCAGUUGGCGUUGAAUCAGCAGCGGAGUGAGCAGGAGCAGGCCGAGCAGGCUGAGGCGGCGACGUCUGCGGACGGCUCCUCGCGCGUCGCGGAGGCUCGACAGCGCGCCAAAAAGUUUAUUGAGCAGAGGAAAUUGAGCAUGCAACAGCAGCAACAACAACCCCAGCAGAAUUGUGAUGGCUCUAACCAGCGUCUGUCGGAGCCCCCUGAAGAGGCGUCUUCGAAGGCGGCUCCAACGGACGAUGUGGACGGACACCUGAUCUACGUUCCGCAUGACUUUGUCCUCGAUCGCUACGAGAUCAUCAAGACCUUGGGUGAAGGCACUUUUGGCAAGGUCGUCGAAUGCAUCGACCAUCACACUUAUAACCUUCGUUGUGUGUGUACCACCUGCCGUGACCUUUCCGAGGUCGUGUACUUUCCCCCCUUCCCCCACCCCGGAACAGCGCUGCCUCCAGCCAACUGCCACCGAGUUGAUCUGCAGUCCGCAGAGGUCACGCCAACGCCGUGCGAUCGACCGCCUUGUCGCUCCUUCCACCCCGCAAACCACCUCACCCACCACGCUGUCUUUGGUUUGUGCCCAAUCGAUGGUGAAUAUUCGCCUUUCAGCGACACACGAAUCGCCUUGAAGAUAAUCAAGAACGUCGACAAGUACCGCGAGGCCGCGAUGCUUGAGAUCAACGUUCUCAACUUCCUUAGAGAACGCGAUCCCAACGACGAGUACUUGUGCGUUCGGCUUCUUGAUUGGUUUGACUACUACGGACACAUUUGUCUGGCUUUCGACAUCCUCGGGCUUUCGGUAUUCGACUUUCUGAAGGAGAACAACUACGUUGGCUACCCCAUCGAACACGUGCGCCACAUCAGCUACCAGCUGUGCCACGCGGUGCGCUUCAUGCACGACAACCAGCUCACCCACACCGACCUCAAGCCCGAGAACAUCUUGUUCAAUCGCUCCGACUACAUCUCCGUGCAUAAUCGGAAGAAACGACGCUACGACCGCAUCGUGAAGUGCUCCGACGUGCGCCUCAUCGACUUCGGCUCGGCUACCUUCGACUACGACCACCACUCCACCAUCGUGUCGACGCGUCACUACCGUGCUCCCGAGGUCAUACUUGAACUUGGAUGGUCUCAACCGUGUGACGUCUGGUCUAUCGGAUGUAUCAUCUUCGAACUCUACACCGGCUAUACCCUCUUCCAGACCCACGACAACCGCGAACACUUGGCCAUGAUGGAGCGAACACUCGGUCACAUUCCUUACCGAAUGACGCGCAAAUCCCGAACCGGGUUUUUCUAUCACGGUCGGUUGGACUGGGACUUCUAUAGCCAGGAAGGACGCUACGUCCGCGAGAAUUGUCGCCCCCUCCUUCGGUACUGCAAAGAGGAAAGCCAAGACACGCUGGACAUGUUCGAUCUCAUCUCGAAGAUGCUGGAGUACGAUCCGGCGGAUAGAAUUUGCCUCGCUGCGGCUCUUUCCCACCCCUUCUUCCUUCGCAUCCCCUCGCACCAGAGGCUGAACUACCGCUUCCACCCGCAGAAUCUUCUGGCUGUGGAGAACAACAAUUUGACGGGGGCUCAAUCUCUCGAAAGUCACUCCACCGGCUCGUCUUCGAACAACUCCGAGACGAACGCGGCCGCACGUCGAAAGACCUCCGACCCGAACGCAACCAGUGUCAUCCGAUGA